AUGGCUCACCCGCUUGUCUGGCCAGGAACAUAUUUCUUCUACCCCAUCGGAAACACGCCUGCGGUAUGUCUGACCCGGGACCUCGCUCCCGAAGAAUCCGCGGAUGUCGUGCUGCUUGGAUGCGGUGACCCCCGCCAUGUGCUGUAUACUGUUUUCUCCGAGCCCGAUGCUUCUCCUCGCAAGUUGGACUUCACCUGCUGUGAUAAUGAACCGGGUGUGCUCGCUCGUAACGCCUUGUUGUUCAGUCUCAUCGCGGAAAACAUGUCACAGCAAACGCUUUGGAACAUCUUCUACCAUCUGUACCUUGACGAUGGCUCCCUUUCCGUCCUGCGCGCACAGUGCAAGAAACUCGUCGACGCCUCUGUCACCGCGGCAUCAUGGCGCUCGUCCCCGUAUGGCUCCUAUCUGCGAGUUUUCACGGAUCACACCCUGGUCGAACUUCGUCGCCAUUGGUCACUGUAUAUUGCCAUGCAAGACCUGCCCCCCUCACGCCUCGCAUCGAUCCGCGACGGAUACAAGAACGUGUUCAAACAGUCCCGCAACUUCGAUACUCCCCUGACAGCCGCACGUUCUGCCGGCCCCACGAUUGUCCGCUCAUUGGUAUCAACAGAUCAAGUCAAGAACUAUUGGAAGACCGGGACGACGUUCUCAGACCCAAAGCAAGUCGCCCUCGCGAAGUCCCUCAAUCCCACCUUCGCCUACUCGCUGUCCGGCGAGGGCUGCACAGUACACUACGCCACCGACCCAAUGUCGACGUUUCACUCUGCCGCACUCUUUGGGAACUCCAAAAGCGAUGUGAGGCCUACAAACCUGGUGAAAGCCGCGCAGGCACAGUUCUCUCAGUGGUGUGACGCCUUCCGUAGCGCUUUGACAAACUUUACACAGACUCCUCGCAUCCGUCUGUGUCUCGCGGAAGCGACCGCCUUCUGCCGGUCCCUCAAGGCAUUCCGAGAGAGCGGUACACUGAACGCGGGCGUCCCUAUCGCACAAUACAAGACUCAGCUACUACGUCUAUCCACGGAAGAGUACGUUCGCGAUGAGGCUCCCGCCACGUUCAACGUUAUUGAGACCUCCAACCUCAUCGACUACAUCGGCCUGCUCAACAUCCUCGUUGCGGCAGUCCCUUUGCUCUCUCCCUCACCGUCUAGUGUGCUCUACACGGAGUCGUUGCAUUUCAAAGGCGAGGACGCUACGAAGGAGUUCGCGGACCUUCUCUAUGCCGAUAUCGGGACUGUGGGUUUACUCCUCGACUUGUGCCCUAUCGACUACCUGUCUGGCUUCACCUCCCGCUCUAACACACACGAGCUUAUCUUGCACAAAUUGGCCGGAGGGAAUGUAACUCAGUUUCACCAGGUGACGACGUGGAAGCGACCCGGCUCCUGCGACAGCGAGAUCGCUCUUCGCGGCGGUCGUCUGCGCCUCCCUCCCGUGCUCGAUACGCGCCAACUCGGGACGCUUCUCUUCGACAUGUACCACGCAGUCUUCGAGCAGGAGGACGCGCGGACGUUCUUGCAGCAGAACCAGGCAAACCUGAUGAGAGCUAUGGCCUCGUCGAACCUCAUCCACUACAUGCGCGAGGGCUUCGCCAUGCUGCUCAAGCUCGUCCGGGAACGCCUCCGUAUACCGCAUGAGCAGUGGCUCGAGGUCAUGGACCGGUUCCUCGACCUAGAGGAGGCCGACCAGACCAUGCCCAUGAACACCGUGAACCGCAACGACCUCUACGCCCAUCUCCACCGGCAAGGCGUCCACACUGUCGAUUUCUACAAGACAGACAGAAUCCCGCGGAUCGGACGCUUCGCUGGCUGGGAGACCGUCCCACCCGUCGUUCGUGUAAUCCUGUCGGUGCCGCGCGAGAAGAUCACGGCGUUCGAGAACGCGGCUCGGGCCUCCAACGUCGCCACGCCACCGCUGCACUGCGACAUCCGCGGGAAAUGGUCGCACAACAUCUUCUGUGCCGUGCACGUCGCGUGGGGGCGGGCCAUCUCCACAGGCACGAAGAACAGCCCACGCGUGCUCUUCGAGGAGGACCCGGAAGGCUGGAGGGGCUCGAUGCCGCUCGUCGUGUCGUUCUGCGUUCCCGCGAUGCUCCUCACAAACAUCGAACCGCCAAGCAGCCUCAGGGUCUGUCUCUCCGUGCGGAGCACGACCGGCACUGCUCUUUUGACGAGAUACUUGGGGCUCGAGCUCGGCAUCUUCAGCGCCAGCCUCAUGGACGAGGAGCAUGUGUUCGUCGUCCCCGAGAUGUCGUUACCCAGUGUCGACUUCGAGGCGCCGCUGGGACCACUCCUGCGACCAAACUCGACUCUCCGAGACCACGUCGGAACGCAGCAGGCAGUAUUCGUCGAGCUCGACGAGCAGUGCGAGCUCAUACAGACCCUAGCGAGUAAAGUCCUUGUGGAAGCUCCCGACGUGAAGCGCGAGUUUGGCACGGCCGGUGCUACUCCGCAGAUCACACAGACGUCACCGUGCUGCAUGCGUCUCGCUGUCGCUGGCUACUCUCAGGACGUUGUUUUCCCCUUCCCGGUGAUCGGAAGCCAGAACAAGCUUCGCCUAGCGCGUAAAUCACUAUACAUCGAGGUUGUGGUGCCUGUCGCCGGACCCUUCUUGAAACCCGACGGGAUGAAGCUGAACCCCUUUCCGGUCAUAGGCUCAGGCAGAGCGCUACAUCCUUGGAACAUCCACCGCCUCGCGCUAUCCCGGCUCCCAGUGCUAGACUCGAGCGCGCCCCGGAUGGACGAGUGGCUCGGCACACACGUCGGCUCGAUGAUGUCGACCCGGGAGCGCACGAUGCGCAAGAAGCACCGCGCCGACGCGCUGAUGUUCGUGAAAGACACCAUCCACGCUGCAUUCAUCAGGUCCACGGGUAUUCAGGGCGGCCGCGCGCAGCGCGUCUUCGCGCUGCGGGACGAGCAGACGAACAACUGCGACACGAUCUUCUUCGUCUCGGACGUGCGCUUCGACCUCCAUUCGCACACGAUGGUCUGCGACGCCUACGUCCUCCCGCUCACGCACGCGAUCAUGCCCAAAAUCGAGCGCUUCUUCGGCAAGCUCGUGCUGGGCGGGGACAUGGCGAACGUGUCCGUCUUCGAGGGCGAGAUGCAGGCGUGGAAGCAGCUCAUCCCGGCGUUCGUCGAGCGCUGUCGGAUGUGGGAGCACAACGACGACUGCGAGUAUCUGAGGCGGCAACAGGCGCCGUUGACGGUGGAGAUGGAGGCCGACCCGCUGUGCAGCUGCGGCAAGGGGCAGGAUGUGGAGGGCUUGCUCAAGGUCGAGCAGUGGCGGAAGUACGCGCCGUACGUGACGCGCAUCGCGCUCUCGCCGCUGUUCGCGGUGUCGUACCUCGAGACGGUCGGGCGCGAUCCUGCGGCACACAAGUGCUCGGUGUGCAGAGGUCGUGGGCAGCCGAAGCUCAAGGCGUGUUCGGGGUGUUCGAAGGUGCGGUACUGUUCGCAGGCAUGUCAGAAGAAGGACUGGCCUCGUCACAAAUCGAAGUGUAAAGCAUGA